AAAGACCACAAUGUAUUCAGCGAUAUGUACUGUGUGUGUGUGUUCACGAUCAUAAAUCUCGGAUCGCUAUGUGAUUUUUUGUAGUCACAGCCCUUAUGUUUACAUCAGCGAGUUUUGUUUCUUCUUUGAUUUGGAGAUUUUAGACUAGAAAAUCUAGCUUCUGGGCCUAGUUUCUCACACUGCUGGUGCCAUUUCCCGGGCGGAGAGCUGCCAAGAGAUUCGAGAAUGACGGAGUAUAAGUUAGUCGUAGUUGGAGCUGGAGGUGUAGGAAAAAGUGCAUUGACGAUACAACUUAUCCAAAACCAUUUUGUGGACGAGUAUGACCCUACAAUAGAGGAUUCAUAUAGAAAACAGGUUGUAAUAGAUGGAGAGACGUGUUUACUGGAUAUCCUGGAUACAGCAGGUCAAGAAGAAUACAGUGCCAUGAGAGACCAAUACAUGAGAACGGGAGAAGGUUUCCUGUGUGUGUUUGCCAUCAAUAACGAGAAAUCAUUUGAGGAUGUCAACCUGUACAGGGAGCAGAUCAAACGAGUGAAGGAUGCAGAAGAAGUUCCCAUGGUCUUGGUUGGAAACAAAAUUGACUUGCCGAACUGGGCUGUGCAAACGAGACAAGGACUGUCACUAGCUAAGAGUUAUGGAAUACCUUACAUCGAAACAUCAGCUAAGACAAGACAAGGAGUAGACGAUGCCUUCUACACACUCGUAAGGGAGAUCAGGAAGGAUAAAGAUCGAAAGAACGCAUCGAACAAGAAAGGGAAGCGCAAGAAACGAGUUUGCAUCUUAUUCUAAGAUUGAUCAAAUAUAGCAUGUUUUUACUCUCAUGUCUUUUACUGUCAAAUUGUUUGUCACAAGAUGAACUUAUUCUUAAGAUAUAUGUAUAGAGUGUAUACAAUCAUGUUAUGUGUUGAGAGAGUUCCACAGGGAUGUAUAUUGGGACCACUACUGUUUUAAAGCCUUUCUCCAGGAGUUUGCUGCCACCAGACAUGAAAUGACUCCCAGGGAAUCGAUGCAUGAGAUGCAUUUCUAGGAAACCAUAGCAACAGUGAAUAUAAGAAAGAAAAAAAUUAGCAGACCAGGUAGCAAUUAUUUACAAGUCUGGAUUUUGAUAUUGACUGCAAAUGCUGGAGUCCAACAGUGUUGACCUUAGGUCAGGCAAUUUAUCUUUGCUUCUUUGCAAAGUUUAACAUGCUCUGAGUUGAGGUCAUCAACUUCUACUAAAAAUUGAUACUUGUAGACACUUUAGAUAUUUUAUACUAAGGCAUCUUGGUCAAAUUGAGUGUUAGUGUCAAGUGUCAAGUUAUUUAAGAUAACCACCAAGCCUUAGGAACUCUAAGGCUGGUGACUUAAGCUGCCA